CGAAUUUUUCGUAUUGUCAGUAACCGCUCGGUUUUCUCGGUAACCGCUCGGUUUUCUCGAUUUAUCGAGCGGUUUUCUCGAUUUUCAGUGAAGUUCAACAAAAAAUCCAAAAAUUAUCCCAAUCUUGUAAAAUCAAUAACUAAUUCAUCUGAGCUUCAAAUCAAGUGAAACAAAUUGUGUUGGUUUCCUUGUGACAUGAUCUACAUGAUAAAAGUAUUUAUACUCAUAAAAAAGUUCAAAAUUUUCUGUGAGAAAUUAUAUUUGUUAAACCAAGUUAAAUGCAUAGUUUACUCUUUGCUAAUCCAAAAAUCAUGAAACUAAUUUUGGUAGUCUUCUUAUAUGAUCCUAUGUCUUUUAAAAAUACAUGAACUCAUGAAUUAGUUAUUGUAACAUGCAUGAUUGUGUAAAUGUGUUGCGACUAGAUUAAUUCAUAACUGACCCAUCACACCUCAAAAAUUAGUGAAACCACUUUCAUUAGCUUAUUUAUACUAUGAUUUACGUAGGAAAAAUAAUAGUAGACAUGAAAAAGUUAAUUACAGUGAUGUUUAUUAACAUAUUCACUUUAUGCUUGUGAACUUUGUCAAAAUCAUAGAGAAAUAUGUGUUUGCAUGUUACACUUUUCCUUAACAUGAGUUAAUAACUGAGCCGCACGCUUCAAUUUUUUUUCAUUUUUUUCAAACUUCCUCCCUAUAGAAUAUGAUGCAAACGACAUUAUUUUUGAAUUUUUUUUCAUAGAAGGUCUUAGAAUUGUGUCUAGUUUUUUUAAAGAUUUUUUUUGAAUAUUUUUAUUUUUUUUGAAUUUUUUGAAUUUAAAUUCGGUUACCGUUCGGUUUCUGAAACCGGACCGGACCGAGAAGGUCGGUAACCACAAUUUUUGGGUGGUUACCGUCGCAUUUGUGAACCGUGGUUGGCGGUUUGAUCUUAAGUUGGGUCUCCAGACACCUGUCACCUUCUCCUAGUGCCCCCCUACCUAGCGCCUUUUACAACACUUGUGCCUGGCAACGAUUUGUGAUCAAAAGCAGCAAACUUGCCCUUCGAUAACAAUUUUGUUAAUGUGAUAAUACAAUACCUAUACCCAGGUUGUUUCUUGAAUGCAACGUAUGCAAUUAGUACUCUUUUUGUUUCCCAUUAUGCAUCACUACAAGAUGGAUUCACACAAUCAAGUUUUCUGAACUUUGAUAUGUAAACAAACUUCUAUAUUGGGCAGUUGAAAAUCACAUCGAUAGAUCAUCUUCCAUAAUGUUGUCAAGUUUGUUUGGCUUUCAUACGUAUACUCCGUGAAACACUACUUAUGAUGUCCAUAUUUUGCUGUAGAGAUUAUUCCAUAUUUGCCACUAGUUCGACCCCUAAUUGUAAUUUUGCCAUUAAAAAAAAUCUCAAAUCUCAAAUUUGCUAUUAAGAAAAACUCAAAAUUGUAAAUUUGCCAUUCAAAAACUGAAAUUGCAAAUUUGCAAUCAAAACUGAUCCAAAUAGAUCCAUGUCCACUAGAUUCAAUUCUAGUAGGCGCCCGUCAUCUUUUCAUAUGAAAAAAAAGGGGGGAAAUGAAAGGCAUGGAAAGGACAUAAGUACCCUACCUCUGUCCUCCUCACCUCAUUCCAUUUCUUAUUUCUCAGUGCACAUGCUCAGAUAUGGAGCUCCUUCACUGGCCUCCGCAUCAUCCCUGCCCUCCUUAUCGGCCUCCGCCUCCCCUUCCUCUCUAACGAGGGAAGCACCUCCUCCCCGGGCGGCGGUGCAGCGGUGGGAGGGAAGGAAGAAACUGCGGAUGUGGACGAUGGUCGUGGCAGGUAGGCGCCGACGAGUAGAGGAGCGGUGCGAUGGCCUUGUGAGCAGGGUGGCAGGGCAGAGAUAUUUCCAGUUUGCAGAUAUUUCCAUCCGACGCCGAUUGAUGUCACCCUGAGGUCAGAUCUGCAUCAGAGGAGAUCACUUGGAUCUGUGCAGCGUCAACGGGGAAGGUGUCGGGAGCAUAUUUCCAUUCGACGCCGAUCGAUCUCAUCCCUUAUGUCAGAUCCGCAUCAACGAAGGGCACUUGGAUUUGUGCGGCGUCAAUAGGGAAGGCGUUGGGAGCAUCAAGCAGCGUCGACGGGAAAGAACACUGCGGGCGGCAGCAAGAGUGGAGCAACAGGGGCAGCGGCAGGAAGGAGCCGGAGUCCUUUGGUCCGAUGGCAGGAGACAUGAAGCAAUCAAGUUGUCUUAGAACCACUUAUCAACCUUGUCAGAAGGUACAACUAGGUUCUUCCAUGUAUCAAUCAGGAGCUCUGCCCUAAUCUGAAUUCGGUUUGUCUUAUCAACUGCUUAUCUCUCACGGACAAAGCUACUAGGUUCAUUGCUUUGAAUUGCCCCGCAUUACAAAAUUUCAUGCUGUUCCAAUCUUCUAUUAGUGAUGAUGGCAUUUCUUGGGUUGCUCAGCAAUGUACCUACUUGAACUGCCUCCAUAUCAAAGGGGACUUGUCUAUCACAAAGGUGUCACUAAGAGCCCUUGUGCAGGAUGGCAAGAGCCUCAAGUCUCUUGCUCUGGGAAGCUGCCCUCAAAUUGGAGAAGAUGACAUCAUGUCCUUCCUGAUGGACCAGCCUUAUUUAGACAAGCUUGAGCUCAAGGGCAUGUUGGCUGGAGAGUCAAACAAUGGUGUUAUUCCAGCCUAUGGUGUAAGACUAUCAUCAGUCCUCCAUAGGAAUUUAUGUAUAUCUCAUCACCUCAGUAGCCUCAUUCUGGUCAAGUGCCCGGGUUUACAGGACCUGAGCAUGCUUAGUUUUUCUGAUAUUCGCUUUCCAAUGUUACAACAUUUGGUGAUUGAUGACUGCAGUGGAGUAACACAGUUUGGCCUGAUGUACCUGGUGGGCAAUAUCAUGAAUCCCAUGACGCUUAAGACCAUCAAGCUUGCCAGGUUCUACUUUUUUACAUAUGCAGCUUUGGUGGAAGUGCUGUCCUUGUUCAGCCAAACGAUUGAAUCAAUAACCCUGGACUCACGUGAUUCUGGCCUAGUGAUGCCGCUCUGUCCUGUUGAAGCUGUGGCCCAGGAGUGUCCUAAGCUGAAGGUGAUCAGAUUGGAACACUGUGAUAGUAUUAUGGAUCUGUUCUUGGCAUGGGUAGGCAUGGUGUGCCGUGGGCUUAAGGAGCUUAGGCUUAAUGGAUUGACAGCUCCUGUACAUGAGCAUGGUAUCUCAGACUGUUUCUCCAGCAUCCUGCAACUCAAUGGAAUCACCAAGAUUGAACUGAGGUCUUGCCUUAUUAAAGACAUACAUGUUUGCAUUAUAGUUCAAUCCUGUCUGGAAAAUCUUCAGGAACUCAUCUUGGACGAGUGCUCGCACAUCUUGGGCAACGUUGUGUUGUUUCUUAGAGCGCAUUGCCCCAAUCUGAUCAAGUUGGGCUUGAGUCGUACGCAAAUCAAUGAUGAUCAUAUCAGGAUUCUCGUGUCUAUGGGAUUUGAGCACCUUUAGGAGGUUUAUCUAAUGGGGUGCCCCUUGAUCACCGACAGUACUAUGCAUAUCUUAUCUUCAUCAUUCUUGCCCGAGCUUUGGAGAGUAAACAUAGCAGACUGCCCUCAGAUCACUCAGGAUACCAUCGACUACUACCAGGGGUUUUGGGAAAUCAAGAACUAAAGGGAGCCGAACCUUCAGAAGAAAAAUCGAACUGGCUGUUACCAAACUAUCCGUCAUGUAUUUGGUACUGGGGCCAUGUGUUCCCCUGAAAUGAACUUAUCUGAGUCAUGUUAAAAUUAUGCUAGUUUCGAAAUUAUGUCGCAUGAACUUGGUAUCGUAUGUGACAAUAUCGGUCCUGUUAUUGCAUAGUAUGAUUUACUCCUGUGA